AUGAAUCCAGCGGCACUCUACAAAUACUCGCGUCUAGGCUCAACCUCUAUUUUAAAUUCCACUGCUAUCACUUCUUUUCGAGCACAGGCCUUAAAAAGAAUCGGUAAUAACAGCAACAGAUUAGUUGUUCGUCAUUCGGGUUCAUAUCAUUUCGAAAAUGUGAAUGGCUCGCAUCUUCCCUUCAGAACUGACAGUAAGCUAAGGCUCGCAAUAAAUAUGGUGCUUUUUUUGAGUCUUGGGUUCGAAAUUCCUUUUAUCGCCGCCAUAUGGCAAUUUCAUAAAGCAGGAAAACCUCUUUUCCACCUUGGCCCUCCAAUAGAAUCUUAG